ACAAGACAAAAAAAAAAAUUAAAACUCCAUUAAAGCUUAAACACACCAAAACCUCUCUCUCUCUUUUCAUCUGUCAACUGUAAAAUGGAGAGAGACGAUGAUUGCAACGCUUACACGGCGUCGUUUUCGCCUAGCUUCAGUACUUAUUCAGGUGAUCGUCUUUCAGAGAUCGCCGAACGAGUUUGUUACAGAGAGAAAUCAGACGAAGAAUUCGAGUUUUCCAUAACCGCACCGCCGCCGCCUACGUCAUCUUCUUCCGUUUUCCCUGUUUUUAACAAAAAUCUUAUUUCCGGCGAAACAUCACCGGAGAAAACGGUUAUAAUUCCGUUAAAAGAUCUGUUUCUCCGCGAAAAAGAAGUAAAUCAACCACCACAACAGACGUAUUCAUCCUCUUCCGACGACGACGAAGAAGACGAGUUCGAAGAGCUCCCAAGCGAGAUCUACUGUCCAUGGACACCAGCUAGAUCCAUGUCACCGAGCGGAGGAUGUAGAAAAAGCAAAUCUACAGGUUCCUCGUCGACAUCGUCGUGGUGUCGGAAAAAGUGGCGUUUGAGAGAUCUUCUCAAGAGAAGUAAAAGCGAUGGUAAACAAUCACUAAAAUUCCUAAAUCCAACAAACACAGUAGAGGAAUCAACAUCUUCUUCGACGGAGAAGGUAGUGAUCAAGAAGAAGGAGAAGAAGAAGGAGACAGUUUCGGUGGUAUCAGUAGUAUCAGCACAUGAGAAGUUUUAUUUGAGGAACAAAGCGAUGAAAGAAGAAGACAAGAGAAAAUCAUAUUUACCGUACAAGCAAGAUCUUGUUGGACUUUUCUCUAACAUUCAUCGUUAUGGCAAAACUUUCUGAUCCAUUCAUUUCGGUGUAGGAUCAAAUUUAGUGUUUUUUUUUUUUGGUCUUUUUUUCGCA